AUGCUGCCAUGCACGACGCUGUUCCGGCAAUCGCAGCUUGCGGUGCUUAUGAUACUGAUCCCUUCCAAGGUCCUCAUUCCGCUUCUUCGGACGGCAGAUGAAGCCAAACAGAUUGUUGCAGCUGCAAAGUUUCCACCACUUGGACGAAGAGGCCUUGGAUCGCCCUUCGCAAUGGAACGCUUCAACCCCGUCCCGACGAUGACGGAGUACCUCCAGCAAGCUAACGACUCUCUGUUGACCAUGGUACAGAUUGAAACGCAAGAAGCUGUCGAUAAUGUCGAAGAAAUUGCAGCCGUGCCUGGUAUUGAUCUUCUAUUCGUCGGUCCCUUUGAUCUGGGAAACAAUAUAGGUCACCCUAUCCUGGACGGUGUCAUGAAGCCUGAGUUAGAAGAGGCCGUGGAAAAAGUGCUUGAGGCGACGCACAAGGCUGGAAAGAAAGCUGGGUUCUUUGCGAGUAGUCCUGAGCAGGCGAAGAAGUACGCUGAUAAAGGCUUUGAUAUGGUGUCUGCUGCUCUGGACACUACACUUCUGCAGGCUUCUUUGGCUACAUCUUUGAGUAUUGCUAGAGGGAAGGCCCCACCGAAAUCGGGUGGAAGGUAUUAG